CAGGUGUUCGACCGCGUGCGCGCCGAGCGGCCGGAGGUGCUGUCCAAGGUGGUGGCGGUGAGCGGCGACGUGUCGGAGGCGCGGCUGGGCCUGUCGCCGGCCGACCGCGCGCGCCUCGCCGAGGCCGUGUCCGUGGUGUUCCACUCUGCGGCCACGGUGCGCUUCAACGAGACGCUGCGCGCCGCCGUCACCCUCAACACGCGCGGCACGCAGCGCGUCGUCGAGCUCUGCCGCGAGAUGCGCCACCUGCAGGCAGUGUAUCCACCCCCUGCAGAUCCAGAUAAAGUAAUCGAAUGUUGUGAAAUACUCAGUGAUGAGGCUUUGGAAGUUGUUGCAAACAAGUUAAAAGGGAAACAUCCAAAUACGUACACUAUAACAAAAGCAAUGGCGGAAUGGGUAGUAUCUCAACAGGCAGGUGAUAUUCCUGCUGCAAUAGUUAGGCCCUCAAUAGUUACAGCUGCGUGGAAGGAACCUGUACCUGGCUGGGUGGACAAUGUAUGUGGUAUCACAGGCAUAAUGAUGGAAAUAGGACGAGGAACCAUUCGAAGUAUCAUAUGCAAUGAGAGAUUAGUCAUGGACCUUAUACCAGUAGACUUUGUUGUAAAUUCAUUGAUUGCUGUAGCCUGGCACACAGCUACAUAUAGACCCAAUGCAGUAAGAGUCUACAACUGUACCUCUGGCUCCAAGAAUCCAGUUCGUUGGUUUGAAUUUGGUCGUCUGACUCAAAAGCAUGCUUGUGCAACACCAACAAGACAUGUGAUGUGGUAUCCUGGCUUCACUUUCCGCACCAAUCGCCUGGUUCACAAAAUUUGUGAAUCACUCUUUCAUUUCCUACCUGCAUUUGUAGUGGACAUCAUGUUGAGACUGCAGGGAUCCAAACCUAUCAUGAUGAAGAUCUCAAAGAGAUUUCAAAUGGCAGCACGAACAGGAGAGUUUUUUGCUUUACAUGAAUGGAAUUUUCAUAAUGAAAAUGUACAAGAUCUUUUGCGAGAUCCCCUCGAUCGAGCAAUAUUUGAUGUGGAUGUUUCUCAGAUGGACUGGGAUACCUAUGUCAAAUUCUACAUGCUUGGCAUUAGACAUUACAUUCUGAAGGAUUCAGCAGACACAAUUCCAAGUGCCAAGAAAAAACUUCAGAAAUUGUACUGGGCCCACCGUCUCACCCAGGUGCUCACAGUUGUUGUGUUAUUGAAGAUAGCUAAAUUUCGGUGAUAUGCACACUGCCUCAACUCAGGCCAUAAAAACUAAUAUAAAAAUCAAACUUUCUAUGAAGCUUAGCUGAGCAAUUGGUGCCAGGACACAAUCAAAUCUGGAAAAAGUUAGGGACCAACUGUACCUCAACCUAUUCCAAGAGCAUAAUGUAACCUCAGGUUGGUUUAUGACAUUAAUGCUUCCAUCCAUAAGAUAACCACAAAAGGAAUACAUCAGAAAGGCAAAAGUUACUUUGAUGCAUUGUCAUCUGAGUAAGCAGUUCAUGAAAUCUAUUUUUAUCACAUCUUGAUACUUAUACUGAUUGAAGACUCAAUAUUAAUAUAUUUCCAUGCGAAAGUCAAUUGUACAUAAUGUAUGCCUCAGUAUCAGACAGAUAAUCAAAGUAUAUUAGAGCUAUUUCUCUGGAAGUAGCUAUAUUACAGUUCUGCAUAACAGAGCAUGUAAUCAAAAAUUUAAAUAAUUCGAUAUAGUCAAUUCCAGAAUUGCUGCAAUACUACUCCUUCAUUAUCACACAUCAGUGCUAAUGAAAUAAAGAAGUAGCUAAUGUCAAUGAUUAAUACCUAUUCUAAUCUUUAAUCAUUUGUAGCAGCAAAAUUGAGAGUUUGCAUACUACAUCUGGCUGUACUGGUUGUACAGACUAUAACAGAGAAAACAUUGUUCUUUGUUUAAUUAUUAUUUUCUCAUUUUCUUGUAAGUAUUCUGUUCUGUGUUAAAACAUUAAUAAUAAAUGCAUGUUAAUAGUCUCACAAUUUUAUGUUUUUCAUUUUAUUCAGCAUUUGCAAGGAGCAAAAAUUAUUAGAGAAAAAUUACUAUUUUCUGAAAAUUUAAAACAACAGAAUCAAAUUAUAUGUAAAUACAAUUUAAACAUGUUGAAUAUGAAAUAUGUAGAGGCUUAGUUUUGUAAUUUUAUAAAUAGGUCCUAAAUUGCUAAUCAUGACUAACACUGUGCUUAAACAAAGACUGCAGACAAAAUUUACUCUUUAAGUUAUUCAUGAAACAAGUAUAAAAGCAGAUAUGCUUUAAAUGUGAAAUAGCACACAAGGUGACAAUCCCCUCAGCCAUUUGAUCAUAUAACUUACUUUACUGAGUAAGUGCUUGUGUACUACAAAAACAUGUAAUUUCUAAUGAGUAACAUUUGUAGUUUAGUGCAAAAACUGGAUUGCUUCAAACAAGAUUUUCCUACUGCCUUGUGAAUUAAUAUUAUGUCAAAUAGUUGUAUUUACAGCAAAGAUUACUCGGAACAUACCAUUCACCAACCAACAAAUAUAUUUUAAUUAUGUAGUAAAAGCUUGGCACAGAAAUGUUAUAUAUUUCCUACAGUUUGCCAAUCUUUUACCAAAUUAAAACAAAUCAAAUAAUUGGAUUUUUUGUAUAUCCCCAUUCUUUCCAGAAAAACAAUUUGUUUUUAAAGUUUUUAAGUUAUUUUCAAAAGCAUUUAAUUUCCAUAAACAUUUGACUCCUCCAAUAACUGCAUUUUCAAGAAACAAAAAUCUAAUAUUUAUUGACUUGGCAAUAUAACUUGCACACACACAAGCUACUAUAUUCUCUGAAUCGUAAAACUGCAAUAAUAAAUAGAAAGAAAACAAAUUAUAUUAAGAGGUUUCGGCAUUUAAUUAGGAAGCCAUAAUCUUAUCCCUUCAUGAUGUUUCAAAGCAAAAUAAAGUAAGCAUCAGGUGUUAUGUUCAUAAAUAUAUGAAAAAUGUUGUGGCCUUUCUUGCUGCAUUUGCACCAUUCAGUUCUCUGGUUUCUCUCUUUGAGAAAAAAAAUGUCAAUAUUUAGUACACAUGUUUUACAAUGACCAGACCUUAAUUACUGAAGAUAUAUGGCAGAUUUGGCAUGUCAAAUAGAGAUUCUGACAUCUUUUCUCUCAAACAUGCAUCACUUUUGAAUCCAAUAUGUAAUGCUGUUGUUGUUGUUGAAAUUAUGAAAUUUAGGGGUGCAUUUAAAUCUGCCAAACAAGUUCAACAUUGUACACAUCUAGUGUCCUUGAAAUAAUGAAAGAAAGCUACAGUCUGGAGACUAAAACUGCCAGAAAAGUUGUACCAGGUAAUAAUAUUAUUGCCUAAUGUUAGCAAAAAAAGAAAAGAAAUACAUCAUUGUACAUUUUCAAAUGAUGCUUGAAUUAUAGGUCACUCUGUAACAUUAGUAAAAAAAAAUUAUAAGCAUUAUGUUUAAUACAAGAAGUUUGUAAAAGGAUUUAUGUAUUUUUCAUCACCAUAAUGUUGAAAUAUAGUACAUAAUUUUACAAAGCCUUGCCACUGAAAACAAGAAUUUUUUCACAAGUCUAUCAAUGUUCUACUAACUAUAACAAUAGUGUUAUUUAAACUCUGAACUAUAUUAACAAAUGCAAAUGGAACUCUGAAUAAAAUGUAAUUUGUAUGUCUAAUUUACUACAUUGUUGCAUUUUCCCUCCCCCAAUAGUAAAUGUAUGUAGUGAAUUUCAAAAGAGACUUUCAUAGAAAUAAACUGUUUCAAAUUAAUUACUGUCUCCUGCACAUUAACAUCAUAUUAUUUCAAUUUAAUAAACACAAAUGCCAAACAGAAAUGAAAUAUUAAUUUUCAGAUUUCAUUAAUUUUAAUCAUAGCAAUUUUAUUGC